CGAGGGGCGUGAAGCGCCCGGCCCCGGCCGCGGCGUCGCCCGCCUCGGACAAUGCGCGGCGCGCGCUGAGCAGCGCAGGACGCGGCUGCCGCCUCUCGCCGCGGGCAUGAGCGCCUCGGCGGCCACCGGCGUGUUCGUCCUCUCCCUCACCGCCAUCCCCGUCACGUACCUCUUCAACUGCCUGGCGGCCGGCGGCAGUUCCUGGGCAAUUGUUGCAGCCGGACUACUGGUCAUGGUUUUUAUUGCUCUGUUGGCUCGUGUUCUUGUCAAGAGAAAACCACCAAAAGACCCACUGUUUUAUGUUUAUGCUGUAUUUGCCUUUACCAGUGUAGUCAAUCUUAUAAUUGGAUUGGAACAGGAUGGAAUUAUUGAUGGAUUCAUGACCCAUUACUUGAGAGAGGGUGAACCAUAUCUGAACACAGCAUAUGGCCAUGUGAUCUGCUAUUGGGAUGGCUCAGUUCAUUAUCUGAUGUAUCUCUUGAUGGUGGCAGCUAUUGCAUGGGAACAGAGUUACAGAACCAUAGGCCUCUACUGGUUAGGUUCUAUUGUCAUGAGCAUCAUUGUCUUUAUGCCUGGAAACAUUGUGGGAAAAUAUGGAACAAGAGUGUGUCCUGCCUUUUUCUUAAGUGUACCAUACAUUUGCCUUCCCAUAUGGGCCGGGUUCCGAAUCUAUAAUCAACCUUCAGUGGCUCGUGAUACUCCAGUCAAGGUGGUUCAGGAAGUCCAGAGGAAAGGACUCUUAAGACGACCAGUAGAUUUAAUCUUAGCUGCAUAUCUCAUUCUAGCAACGGGGUUUUGCAUAUUUAGGGGCAUGCAGGAACUGCUUCACUGGCCUUACUCCUGCCUACAAGGAUCAGCUGAACAUCUCUGUAUUGCUCUGGAUUGCCCUGCUGAACUCUGCCGGCUAUAUAUCCAACUUCACGAGCCUUAUAUAAAAGAUCCUGCUGCCUAUCCUAAGCUUCAGAUGCUGGCAUACAUGUUCUACUCUGUGCCAUAUUAUGUGAUUGCACUAUAUGGCCUACUGGUGCCUGGCUGUUCCUGGAUGCCCGAUUUAACCCUUAUACAUGCUGGAGGACUAGCUCAGGCCAACUCCAAGUACUGCCUAUGAGCAAUCUACAGCCAGAAUAUGGUAAAAUCUAAUCCCAACUAUUUCAUACAGACAACAGCUAAAUUAGUUCCAGGCAUAUGGAAAUUGCAGUUGUUGAGUUGAACAGCACUAGACCUCUUACAGUUGUUGUGGAAUGGCCUGAUUGGCAGGCUGACCAGUGCUUCAAGAUUUUAAAAAAGUUUGGACAUUAGAGAGAGAAGGCUGUAUCAGAAGUUUACCUGAAACAACUUAUUUGCUUAAUUUUUCAUCCAGAGUUUGGGUUUCUGAUCCUCAUCAUUCUUCACUGAAAGAGGUUUCAAUAACAGAAAGCACCAAGGAGUAGCUUAAACUACUCAUCUUUAAUGCCAGCUCAGUGCAAAUCAGGCAUAGUGAUCUGGAAUGACUAACAGCCCUUACUGCUUAAAGCUAUGGAUUUGGUGGGAGUCUGGUAUGUGAAACAAGAACUGGUUUAGGCUACUAGGGAAUGAUUUAAUAUACCCCCCCCCCACACUCUCCAAAAAAGAAAGAGAUUGUAGACAUUACACAGUUUCCAUAGAGGUAAGUCAAUUAAAGAAAAAAAAAAUCAGUGUGGUGACUUGAACAUACCUGAACAUCCUCCCUGAUAACAGAAGAAGAAAAGCAAGGUGUUAAGCUGACAAACAAGUCUAAUAAACAGUAACUUCUCCAUAUGGUGCCUCAUUAGCCAGUAAAACUCUAUUUGGACUGCAAAUAGAACAAAAGGUAACAGUCAUUCCCCCCCCCCCCCCCCAUGCUGGAAACUCACUAAUGCUUCUUGGCUUUUGCUGUAAGAAAGAAACCACAAAAUACAGCCUAGACCUUAAAGCCAUCUAGGAGGCUUUGGGAAUUCUGUGUCUGAGAUGAGAGAUUCUCCCAGAAGCAGAACUACUUACAGUACUUUCUGACAGGGCUUGUGACCUUUUCUCCAAAGUGCUGCUGGCCAUGCUCAGAGCCAGCAGGACCUUGUAACCCAGUGGCACUUCCCUAUAGAAAGUAUCUUGUUCACCCCAGAAGAGGCCCUAAAGUACUACAGGGAGGCUGUUAGUACCUACAUAAACAUCAGAUGGCCCCAGGCCUCCUACUCUAAGCCAGAUGGUGGCCGUCUAACUCCUUGGGAAAGCGUUACCUCAAAUACUGUAGGCUGCCUGCUCCGAGAUGGCUCCCAAGGUGAGGAAAGGUAGCAGGUAUCUGAGCAAGACCACACAGGCACCUAAAGCUCUGAACCAGGGGAGAACAAAUAAGCUGCUAUGGACAAGCUGACUUAUUAGGCUGAUACAAAAAUGCUGCUGAUAAUGUGCCCCUGAACAUCUGUUUACUGAGUAAUAGGUAUUUACAGAAACAUGCUAAGUGGCACUCUGCUGAAGUGUGCUUGUGGUUGAUUUCUUUGAUUACUGUGUUUCCUAGCUCAGGUUUGCUAGAUCAGCUCUCCCUCUUAAGUGGGAGUGGUUACAACCUCCUAAAGACCAAUUUGCUUUUCUGUUUUAACAUAUGGUCUCAGCCUAACCACUUGCUUAAGGGGUGUUUAUUAAGACACCUGCACUGUAUUUCACUAUUAACUUUGCUAACCAUGAACUGAAUUGUGUUUGUGAGUCCUAAAUAACUCCUGCUGAAGUCAGAAGAGCAAACACGAUUUGGCCAGAGUGCACUCCACUGUAUUUCUAAAAUCCUGGCAUCCCUUUCUCCUGCUCUGCUUCAGAUCAAAUUGCUGUUUAUCUUCUCAGAGUUCCCUCUCCACUGCUAACUAACUAACUAAAUUUGGACACACAAUAGUUAAUGUGAAUGAGCUGUUGCUUGAAAUAGUAGGUAACAGAUGGAGACAAAAGACAGCAACAAUUCUGGUGCUUCUAGCUUUAAAUAUUUGUUUAUGCUAAAAAUAUGCUUCAGCUCAGCAAGGUUCUCUGCAUAUAACCUUCACUGUAAACUUAACCUGCACUUCAGAACUGCCUGCUUCCAGCCCAAAGGCCAAAUUUUGCAGAAGUUUUGUGAAACCAUCAGGAGUUCUGGGAUUAGUAUCUGCAAAACUGAGUCUAAGAUUUUUUUAACUUUUUUUCCAAGUUUUUAUUUUCUACAUGUAUUUAGAGGGAGUGCCUGUUUGUUUCUUGUUGAUGCCAAACAACUUCCAGAUAGGUGGGUGCGAGUCCUACCCCACUGCUGUGCUGAGACGGAAGAAAGCAGGUCUCUGCACUGAUGCAUGCUUCCCGGGCCAUUUCCCUGGGGAAUAAUCAGGGACCCUGUAGCACAAAUUAUCAUCCAUUAGCCAAGGACGGAAUCCUACACAUGGUGUUACAUCAAUGACUGAAUGCCUGUAGCUCAGACUGUAUUUUUAUACUGCUGUGCAAAAGUAUAAUAGAUAAUUCAGGAAUAAAAGGGUUGUCUUGGAAAAUGUCACUGGAGAUGCAUACUUGCAUGCAGAUUAUGCUGUCUUUCCAAAAUAUACAUCAAUUUUACCUUUUUUAAUAUAUACAUUAUAUACAACCACAGGCUCAGUUUUCCCAUAUUGGUGCUUCUCUUCAUGCUCGAACUCCUUACAUCUACAGAGUCCCUGAAGAGGCAAAACAGGUUUUUCUGAUAU